AUCAACAGGAUCACAUAGCAACCAUGAGGUCUCUGGUCUUUGUUCUGCUCAUCGGAGCUGCUUUUGCCCUGGAGGACGACAAGAUCGUCGGAGGAUAUGAGUGCGAGGCUCACUCUCAGCCCCAUCAGGUGUCUCUGAACUCUGGAUACCACUUCUGUGGUGGCUCCCUGGUCAAUGAGAACUGGGUUGUGUCUGCUGCUCACUGUUACAAGUCCCGUAUUCAGGUGCGUCUGGGAGAGCACCACAUUGGGCUCAGCGAGGGAAACGAGCAGUUCAUCGACUCCUCCCGUGUCAUCCGCAAUCCCAACUACAACUCCUACAACAUCGACAAUGACAUCAUGCUGAUCAAGCUUAGCAGGCCCGCCACCCUCAACGCAUACGUGCAGCCUGUGGCUCUGCCCAGAAGCUGUGCUUCCGCUGGCACCUGGUGCCUGGUCUCUGGCUGGGGCAGCACCAUGAGCGCCUCUGCUGACCGUAACAAGCUCCAGUGCCUGGACCUCCCCAUCCUGUCCUUUAGAGACUGUGAUAACGCCUACCCCGGGCAGAUCACCGAUGCCAUGUUCUGCGCUGGAUUCCUGGAGGGAGGCAAGGACUCUUGCCAGGGUGACUCUGGUGGCCCCGUUGUGUGCAAUGGUGAGCUGCAGGGUGUUGUGUCCUGGGGCUACGGCUGUGCUGAGAGGGACCACCCUGGUGUCUACGCCAAGGUCUGCAUCUUCAACGACUGGCUGGAGAGCACCAUGGCCAGCUAUUAAAUCUGAUCCUUUGAUCACCAUCUUAAUCUGCUGCAUUUAUACCA